AUCUCAUUUAUAGUGUUUUAAGUUACAUUUUACUAAAAGUUAUCUUGUGUUUUCAUUAAUUUCUUCGAUUUCUUUAAUUAGUUUUCAAUAUUACUCCUCUAUUUCUAGGUCUGUGACUCCGCCCACACAUUCCUCUGUGUCUGGGCUGCGAGGAAGAGGAGGAGGAGGAGGAGGAGGAGGAGGAAAGAAGAGCAAAGAGAGGCUGGUGAAAAGUGCUUGCGGAGCCUGAGCCGAAGAGGAGAUGAUCAACAACAACAACAGCAGCAGCAGCAGCAGCAGCAGCGCUCAGUCUGAAUCCGACUGCUGCAGCUCUCACAUUUAACACACAUCCAUCCCUCAGUGUGUGUGUGUCUGUCUUUUAUUUAUUUCCCUUCACACACAACAACAACAACAACAACAAGUUGAACUUUUUCUUCGUCCCCACCCCCCAACCCCUCCUCGGAGUUGGAGCUUGAGUUUGGUUUCCAGUCUGUCUGCAUUGCAACAAAACUCCUGCUGUGUUUCGCUGCUUCAGCUGGAGGAGAAGAAGAAAAACCUUCAGUGAGUCCGGUGUGGAGGAAAACAUGGAGAUCCUGGAUAGUAGUGAACCGUUUUUACACUGGGACAGGAACCUCAGCGAGCUGUCUGAGGCCGGAGAGAUCGACUGUGUGCUCUACACUAAUCACUUCUCCGAGCUUCUGGACGACCUCUCCCAGGAUGCUUUGCUCGGCCAGCUGCUCAGCGACCCCUUCCUGUCUGGAGUGAGAGGCGGCGUGGAGGAAGCCAUGGAGGGGGAGGACGGAGGCGACCUGUCCCCGUCUUCCCCUCUGCCACCGCACAUCACCGCCGAGCACAGCUACUCGCUGUGUGGCGACAGCCGACCACAGUCGCCCCUGUCGCACCUGACCGGAGAGCAAGGCAGCGAAGCAGCAGAGUCCGACGGGGAUUCAGCCGAGUGGCCCAUGGAGCAGGACGAGGCCAUCGACAGCCUCCUGUGUGAGACUCCUUCACUCCUCCCCACCCUCUCCCUCUCUCUGGCCUCCAGUGAGGGGUCCCAAGCACCCGAGGGCCCUGCUGUGGCCCCCGCAGCCGCCCCAGCUCAGACUACAGUCAGCAGUCACAACCAGGGUAAAGGCGUCAAGAUAAAAGAGGAGAACAUCAUCCCUCAGAUUAAACUGGAGCCUCAUGAAGUGGACCAGUUUCUCAAUCUGUCACCCAAAGGUCUGGAGUCUCUGCAGAUGCCUCCCACUCCUCCCAGUUCCCACGGUAGUGACUCGGAGGGCAGCCAGAGCCCCGUCCACGCCCCGCCCAGCCUGUCCUGCCCCACCUCCCCCACCAGCCCCGCUCCAUCCCAGGCCAGCCUGAAGGUGUCUCCUCGCGGUCCUUCCUCCCUGUCCAACUCCCCUCUGCUCACCGCUCCUCAUAAACUGCAGGGGUCGGGCCCGCUGAUCCUGACCGAGGAGGAGCGUCGCACGCUGGUGGCUGAAGGUUACCCAGUUCCCACCAAACUGCCGCUCACCAAAGCCGAGGAGAAGGCGCUGAAAAAGAUCCGCAGGAAGAUCAAAAAUAAGAUCUCAGCUCAAGAGAGUCGCAGGAAGAAGAAAGAGUACAUGGACGCUCUGGAGAAAAAGGUGGAGACCUGCUCCAACGAAAACAGCGAACUACGCAGGAAAGUGGAAACUCUGGAGUGCACAAACAAGUCUCUGCUGCAGCAGCUGCAGUCCCUGCAGGCGGUGGUGGCAGGAAAAGUCCCCAAAUCCUGCAGGGUGGCUGGCACCCAGACAUCAUCAUGCUUAAUGGUGGUCGUGUUGUGUUUCUCUCUGUUUUUGGGGAGUUUCUACCCCAGCAGUCUGACUCCUUGCUCCACCAUCACUGAAACUGGCCACACUUCCAAACAGUUGGCCGUCAAAGAGUCCUACACAACCACAGUUAAAUCAAGGAAUCUGUUAUCAACUUUCGAAGACGAGCAACCGCACCUCCUCGGGCUGGGCGGAGAAUAUCCCGAGCAAUGGGAGGACACGCCGGCUCUCGUCAUGGCGGCGUGGCGUCGCUCAGAGCAACAGAAACUCGGGGCGGAGCCCAGCAGGGCGGAGACGCACCCACCUUUCAGGAGUAAAAAUAAUGAUACGCAGACAUCAGAAAACCUGCUGCUGGACCUGCACAGGUCUCUGGAGCAGAGGACGAAUGAGAGCAGUAGUAAAGUGAUAGAGCUGGAGCGAACGGUCAACGAGACCUCCUGAGGUUCAUGUCACCCCAACCCUACCUUCCCUAAACCCUGUGAUGACCUUUGACCUCCCCUCUCCCUCCCUUCUCCUCUCUAGAGCAUGGUUCAGUGUCCUGGAGCAAACCUCAUACUUCCCACUGCUGAUUGUUUUAGGUCAUUUUCUUUCUUCCAUCUUUGCCUAAUCAGAUACACUGUAAUAAUAAGAAUUAAUAAUAAGAUAACGGGGCACUGGUUGCCUUCAUUUCUGAAGUAAAGUUGCACUGAAUAGUUUUCUACAAAUUAAACAUUUUAGUUAUCUGUUGUCUUAAUUGACCCACCAUCAAAUCGAUCUAGUGAAUAAUAUAACGUGGCAUUUAUUCCAGUGGAAAGUAUAUUAAAAUAUGACAUGUGAGGCUUUUUACAGGACACUGACAAGAAACUCUAUAUUUAUAGAACUUUUUGUUUGUUUUUCAAAAAUUAUUGCUCUUUGUAGUUGUAUUUCUUUUAAUAUUAAAUGUUUUUAUUCCAUUCCAGUAAUGCAUACAUCCCAUUUUGAUACUUGUUUGUGUUCAUACUGUAUUUUGCGUUUUUUUUAUUUUAUUUUAUUGUUACCCUUUUUAUAUAUUGUUAAUAUUUUCUUCAUCUGCCUCGAUGUUUCAUGCAUCGAGGGCUUAGCUCGGGGUUCCUGCGCUUGUUUGGAAAAUCUGAGAAAAAAAAGAAUAUUUCCAUGAAAAACAAAUAUUUGUAGAUGUUUAAAAGUUCAUAGAUUGGCCGCAAAAGAAUGAGAAAAAAAUUAGUCUCGACAGUCUUGAUGCAAAUAAUGCAGGACCAUUGUUUUCAUGUAGCUGAAGAGCGAAUAUCAUUUCACACAGGACACUUUAUAUAUAUAUUAUUUAUAUAUAUAUAUAUAUAUAUAUAUAUAUAUAUUAUAGAUGUUCUGACCAAUCUCCAGCUGCAGCUACACUAAAAAAAGCCUGUAAAUACUGACUGAAAUACUCAAAAAUGAGUGUCUGCAAAAAGCAAAGUGUGGAUUUUCAUAUUUGAAACAUUCAUAUUUGACAUGCGGGGACCCUGUUAGCUACGCUUCAGACGUUUUUGACUUAGUUCUGUCUGCAUGAUGGUCACUGUGUGCAAGUCAGGAGUCAAUAUUUAAGACUUGGUGUCUUCUGCAGAAACGAUUUUAGUUAGUUUUAUUCACCAAAAGCAUCUUAAUUGGCUACAUUUAUGAGGUUGCUCUUAUCAGUUUGGUGCACACAGUUGCGCACCAAACUACACCACAAAAUGACUAUUAUGCAUCCCAUAAUGUUGCCUUUAUUUAAAGAAAUAUGCUUAUUUGCCUUCUUGCCUAGAUGUAUGCUAAAUAUGAAGUCACAGGCAGCAGG